AAUAACUGUCAAAACUGCCACGACAACCGAAUCUGCAAUCGGGCCGACAUCGGCUCCUUCAUCGGGUUUGUUGUUUUUCAGCUUUCGCGAGACGCGAGGUGUGUCGACACAAUCCAGGGUCGUUUCUAUUGCAAUGCACGCGUCUACGAAUGUGGACAUGAGUAUUUCCAAACGGAUGCAGUCAUGUUGUGCUACAUGGGCGUGACAGGUUGAACGGCUUCGCAUCAAGUUCUCACUCACUCACUACUUUCUCUCACUCGACCAUCUUGUCCGCCAGGGCGUUGGGCGGCAUGGACCCCUCUCUCAGUCUGUCUGGUCUUCACCAAGUGGAUCAGAAGGAUGACAAGGGAGACGUGAAACAGGUGGUAAAGACUCUGAACAGAGUGCCUCGCGCUUGCGUAAGAAUCGCCGCACGACAGCCCGUUCUCGUCUCUACGUACUGAAUCCGUGUUCAGAAUGCUUGUAGGAAGCAGAAAAUGCGGUGCGAAGGAGCCGACAAUCCGCCAUGUAGACGUUGCCGUACCAUGAACCAAGAGUGCUUGUUUGAAAAGCCCUCGCGGGAGGCAAGUCUAACGGGAGAAGCUGGACUCGAGUACGCGAUGUGCACAUAUUCUGCUGAGCUCCAUUGACUGUAUCACCAGACGCAUACGAAGCCUAGAGGCAUAUGUUGCGGAUAUCAGGCACACGCAAAGCUCCAUUCAAAACUCGGUUGCCGAAAUCUUGGCCCACCUUCGGGGUGGCGCAGUGCAUGCACGUUCUCCAACGUACACACCCCAUCCGUACAGCCAGUCACCCAGUCUUCAUUCGCCAUCUGUGAACACAAGCCAAGUGCAUCCACACGGGAGCGAUGGUGGACCGCAGACACCGACAAACACUUUCGCGCAAGCACCUCCUACGCGCCAGUCGCGUGGAUCCCUACCACCUGCGCCUCCUUCAGCACAUGCUGGUCCCUCGCAGCAUCCAGGCGCGUAUUCGCACUACCGGAACUCAGGCUCGAGCUCGAACUAUGCGAUCGCUGGUCCAGCACAAGGACCUGUUCUCCCUCCGUUCUCCAGUCUUCCGAGUAUGGGGCCGCCAACUGCUCAGGCGUCUAAUGUCUCUUCGGUCCGCUAUGAUAGCGCACAUACGCAUCCUGGCCUCAGACAACAUGGGAAACGAGGGCAAGGGUCAACGAAUGUGACGAGUGCAGAAUCGUCCGAUAUCGACGACGAAGACAACGGUGAUCUGCCCGACUCUGGACUGGUUGCACCGCUGGAGGUUCUCCGCGGAUUGGCUGAUGUGGCAUUUGAGCGGGCUGCCAAGGAGAACGGCGGAGACAGCAGCGGACCUCAGAGUCGGAAUAGAACACCUUCACCCGACAGGCAGAAUCGCAAACGUCGAAAGCUGCAUCACAAAGGUCGACCUGCGAUGGUGUUCCCCGACGUGGUCACCAAAAAUAUCGUCUCAGAGGCAGAAGCGCGGGAGCUGUUCCAAAUCUUUUACCGCGGCUGUUCGACCUUCCUGCCGGUGUUCGAUUCUUCCUGUGACACGUUCGAUGAGCUCCACGAGCGAUCGCCUUUUGCCGUUGAUUGCAUCUGCAUGGUGGCCGCAAGAGUUCGAGAUGGCGGUGGCAAGUCGACCAGUCGAUGAACUAUCGAGAACACUCACAAUUUUUCAGGGCCACCUAGCCAGACGUAUAUUCAGACUCUAGAAGAGGUCCAGACUAUCUCUCGGGCAACUCUUUUCUCUCCUGUGCUAAGACACGAAGCAGUGCAGGCUAUGAUAUUGGUUGCCGGCUGGUCCGAAAACGGAUGGCUCAGCGGAGGUCAUGCUGUCAGGAUGGCCCUGGAACUUUCUAUGCACAAGGCUUGGCCAGCUCUUCUCAAGCGCAUGAAUGUCAAUCAGAUUGAUCUCAAUGCUGACCGGGAAUUGGUAAUCGCGUCAAGAAUCUGGUUCUGCCUCUAUCUCUUCGAACAUCAAUUGUCAUACGGGACCGGCCGGCCCGCUGUGCUCAAGGACGAUGAAAGCAUCGGCCAUUGCCGUUUGCUCUUGCAACAUCCCCUCGCCAUUGAAGAUGACAUGCGGCUAGUCUCCACCGUGGAACUAAUGGCUCUGCGGGAAAGAGUUCAUAAUGCGCUCUCGCCGUUCGAAGGGCCCGUCAAGGACGGCCAUUUUGAAGAGCUUCGACGUGCAGAUGUCAACUUCCGUAGCUGGUAUGCUACUUGGGAUCAAGCUUUCUCUCAAAAAUACGAAGACGCCGCGUUCUAUCGACAAUCGUUGCAAAUCCAGCAUCUGCAUGCGGAACUGUUUCACAACGCAACUGCGCUCAGAGGACUGAAUGGCCCCGACGACGUUAUGAACAUGCCGGCCCAGCAGAGAUCGCUCGCUUUGCGUUCCAUUCAGAUUGCCCGUCAAGGCCUCGAUCUUACUGUGAAUAGCCCAGCGUACAGGGAAGGGAUGAAAUAUGCCGUGAACUAUACCCAUGCGACAGCGACUUUUGCGGCUUCAUUCCUUUUGCGACUUUCGCGACUGUUCCCUAACGACAGUGAGAUGCCGGAAGUGAGGACACAAGUGGAACGUCUAGCUACCCUGAUGGCCGAAAUCCCUGCUAAACAGUAUGCUCUGACCCUGCAAGUCAUGCUGAAAAGAUCGAGAAAACGCAAGUCUGGAUCAUCAACCUCGCGCUCGCCAAAAACUGCCCGCGAUCCCCACCGUCCCAUGUCCAUGACUAUCGAUCAAAAUCAGCCAAGUAGUGCCCAGCAGCAGGAGCCGUUCUCGCCUGCUUACGAAACCUUUCCUGGCCAAGGUCAGCACGUACCUCACAUGCAGGAUGCAGACCACAUUUGGCGCGGAUUCGAGACGACUUCGAACGAACAGCUGCCUGUCUGGAUUUCGGAUCAAACUUUGGGCGGAAACACCCUGUCGCAGCACGGCAUGAAUGCUUUUCUCUUGCCUCAGGACUAUUUUCCGCCGGCCACGCAAAUCUGGUGAAAGAUGGGAACAGAAAAAUGUGUUUUCCCCCUUGUUAUCUCCUAUGCGAUCAUACUUGUUUUGCAUAUCUUGGACCACUACUGUAAAGUUUGUGUAACGUUUCAUUAGGUUCUGUGCUGUACAAACGACGUGUAUAUCUUCCAUCAGUGUCACGAGCAGCCAAUAAUCACGUGUGUGUGACUGA